AUGGCGCGGCCGUGUCUCUUACUGAUGGCGCUCGUCGUCGCUGUCAUCGCUGUUACCAAUGUCGCCUGCGUUCGCGGCGAGCCUUCUGCGCACGUGCUCGAUUCAGGCGAAGGGUCGCAGACGGUGAACGCCGUUUCGUCGAAGGAAACGCUCUUCAGACGGCGGCUUCUUCAAGCCAAGGUGGUCUGCCGCGCGCGCGCUACCCUGUCGGAUCUCCUCUUCUCUUCCCCAAUACCUCUAAUUCAUCCAGCGCCUUCGUCGCAAGCAGCAGCUGGACGACGGUCCGGGAAGCGCAUUGGCGGAAGAAGCCCCGCGGAAGGCCAAGAAGCGCGCUGGGGGCGCUGCAGCGGCCGCGGAGGGGUGAGCCGAUUGGGAAGAAGGGAGGGGGGGUGGGGGGCCAGGCCGGGGGAGGUGGACGUUGGGGAAAAAGGGCGAGGGAAGCGGGAUGGUGUUCUGGUUGGGCGAAGAGGGUGUACGGAGGGGUGGGGAGGGGUGCUUGGGAAACAACGCCUCUGCCCCUUUGUUCCGCCUGCAAUGCAGCAUCCCCAUCGCAUCCCCGUCGCAUCCCCCAUUCACCCUCUCACCCGCCUUUCCCUUUUCCCCCGCUACCCGUUCCCUCCUCCCCCCCCGAACCCUCUUCUCCCUCCCCGCGCCUCUCCCCGUGCGUCCCCCUUUUUCAGAGCCGCGCAGCCCCAGCCACAGCUGGACACGAUACCCACGCAGCUGCCCGCGCAGAUCCCCGAGACCCCCCCCAACACCGCCACGCUUCUCGACCCCGUCCCCAUUGACGUCCCCUCCGCGUCCGACCAGCCGUCCCUCUCCACCUCCUCCGCGCUUUCCGCGUCCCCUGGCGUCCCCGCGGACUCCCCCGCGGACGAGCUCGCGGGGCUGACCCAGCGCGUGGCCAAGAGCGUGAGGGACGUGCGGGGGUACGCGAAGCUCAAUGUGUCCACUGCGACCGUGCAGCAGGUGUGCGAGAUGGUGGACCACAGCCUGGCGCCAUGGACGCGCAUCCCCCAGAUCCGUGAUGGCAUGGGCGCUGCUGGCAUGGUGGCGCCCAGCCUUAUCAAGACCAUCAGCCAGCGCCCACGGUUCUUGUCAUGCGCAGGCCACGUGAGGGUGGUGGACGGGUCAGUCUAUUUCCGGCUGGGCGGAUUCAUCACCGUCCCCUACCGCGUCAGGCGCUUCCUGCAGGCCGUGCAGAUGAUCCAGCGAGCAGUAGACUUUUACAACCUGGCAGCCGUGCGGGCGGAGUUCUUUGUUAACACGUGCGACCUGCCCAUCAGCUACGACAGCGACGUGGGUGGCAGCCGCCCGGUGGGGUUCCCCUUCUUCAGCACGCGCGUGGUCCCCGGCUCCGUGGACGUGGCCAUCCCGGACCCCCUCGACCUGCCCGAUAACAUGGACCUACCUGAGAACGUUGAGGUGCCCUGGGAGGAGAAGGAGAACCGCGCUGUGUUCCGCGGGACAGCCAGCAGCUUCCCGUUUGAGGACUCGCAGAACUGGCGCGCACACCCCCUGAUUCGCCUGCACAGGAUGGCGGAAGCGCGCCCAGACCUGCUGGAUGUGAAGCUGAUAGGGUGGAGCCGUGACAUCGAUGGGGACGUGCGCAAGAGGAUGGAGGCGGAUGGAGUGGCCAUGGUGGGUCGCCCCACGCUCUCCGCCGACCCACCAAUGAGCAAGUUCAAGUACCAGAUCGUCUCAGGCCUGCCCUCCUCCCACCAGACCUGUGCCAUCCUCGCGCGGGGCGAGCAGGUGGCCAUCAGGCAGGCCUCGCCCUACGCAGAGUUCUUCACGCCGCUCUUAAAGCCCUACGUGAACUUCAUCCCGGCGAACCGGCAUUUUGACAACCUGAUUGAGAAGCUGCGGUGGGCACAGAGCCACGACAACCACGUUCACCACAUGGUGGCCGCGGGCAAACGGGCAGCCAAGUGGGCAUGCACGCGUAGCGGGCACACGCUCUACUGGGCCAUCCUCCUUAUAAAGUACUCCAAGAAUGCGCUACAAGACCCCUCUACAAUCAAGGCCCCGGUCAAGACUCUCUGCCAGGACCCCCUCGAUCCCGCCCUCCUGGAAAUGGCAGGCCUUGCUGCUCCAUCCUCCCCCUCCUCUCCCGCACUCUCUCUCCCAGACUCCUGGCCCCCUGUUUGCUCCCGUGACAAUAUUGACCGCAGCGCUCAGCCCAAGUGUGUCUAUUACUGCCAGAAGGGGGUUAUUCCCGGUAAGAGCUUUGUCUGGGUGUCGGCAGAAGCCCUCAAGGCUGGUGGUGGGGCGCAGUCAGCGUAG